CGGGCGGGGCCUGCACCUGCCGGGCUGACGUCAGGGCAGGGCGGGGCCGAGGCGGGAGGCGCCGGCCGGCGGCUCGCGGACGGUUGGCGGGGGCCGCCGCGGUGCCCCAGCCCCCCCUCCCCCCCGCCCCUUGCUGGCGGCCGUUAUGCGGCGGGCGCUGCCGCCGCUGCGCGGGCUCCUGGCGGGCGCCGCCGGCCGGCGCGCUGCGGAGCCCGCCGAGUGCCGGGAGCCGCCCUGCGGCGCCGCGCCCCCCGCGGAGGGGAGCGGGGGCGGCAAGCUCAGCAUACUGCCUUCCUUUGGUUUCCUUUUUGACAUUGAUGGGGUACUGGUACGAGGAAAGACUCCAAUUCCUGCUGCAAAAACAGCCUUUCAAAAGCUAGUUAAUUCUCGGGGACAGUUCUUUGUGCCUGUAGUAUUUGUCACCAAUGCAGGGAAUUGCCUUCGCCAGAAAAAAGCUGAUCAAUUGUCUCAUAUAUUGGGAGUUCCAAUUUCACAAGACCAAGUGAUGAUGUCACAUAGUCCUCUGCGAAUGUUCAAGCGUUAUCAUGAAAAAUGUGUUCUCGUAUCUGGGCAAGGACCACUUCUUGAUAUUGCUCAAGAUCUGGGUUUUUGUCAACCUAUUACCAUUGAAACCUUGCGAGAGAAAUACCCUUUGCUAGAUGUGGUUGACCAUGACAGAAGACCUAAAAUUCUGUACCCUUCUGCGGUGGAGCUUCCCAAGAUUGAGGCUGUUGUUUUGUUUGGAGAGCCAGUCAGAUGGGAAACCAACCUUCAGUUGAUAAUAGAUGUUCUGCUGACAAGUGGCUAUCCUGGAAAUCCGUAUCACCAUGAAAAUUACCCUCAUAUACCUGUACUUGCCUGUAAUAUGGAUCUGAUGUGGGUAGCUGAAGCACAGUCCCCAAGGUUUGGGCAUGGAACAUUCAUGGUUUGUUUGGAAAACAUUUACAAGAAAAUCACUGGCAAAGAUCUGAAAUAUGAAGCCUUAAUGGGCAAACCUAGUGAAUUGACCUAUCAAUAUGCAGAAUACCUUAUCAGGGCUCAAGCAGCAGAAAGGCAAUGGAAGCAGCCUAUUCAAACUCUUUAUGCUGUCGGAGAUAAUCUCAUGACUGAUGUCUAUGGUGCUAAUCUUUACAAUCGCUAUCUUGAAGAGAAGAACUCCAGAAAAGGUUCCAAAACACGAAUUCAGGCCAAAGUUGCUGGUGGCAGGAGGCCUGCCACUCUUGCUCAGGUUGAUGAAAUAGACAACAGUUGGGAAAGUGAAUUAGCAUCUUCUGCUGCUACCCAUUGUAGGUCUGUUCUUGUUUGUACUGGGGUUUACAACCCUCACACAGAGGUACCCUCUGAUACCAGGGAGAGCAUAACUGACACAGUGUUCCAUGGCCACAGAGAUUUUAGAUUUGAUCCUGGUUUAGUAGAACCAGAUCACAUUGUACCAGAUGUUGAUGCUGCUGUAGACCUGAUCUUUCAGCUGGAGAACUUUGCACCUAGUUGAGAUGACAGGAUUUCUUAAGGGCUAUUCAGUGCUAUGCUUCUCUUCCCCAAAACAAUCUGUGCUUUAAAAGCAUGCCACAAACUGCUGCUUUCUAAAAUUUUUUAACUUCUUAACCAUGAUAUUUUGAAAUAGUUAAGUUCUUGCUUUAGUUGCCCUUCAUUGUUGUCCUAUUCAUUAUUUUUGGUAUUUUAACAGUAAUUUUUCAUAUCUUAGGCAUGUAGCUGUCACUUAAAUUCUCACAUAUCAGUUCAUUCUUCUGUUAGCUGAAAGAUUUAGCUUCUGGUUUAUUGGAGGUCUUGAGCAUAUCAGAUUGUGGUGCUGGAGUCAUUCACACGAUUACAAAUUGGCUGGUACAGAGCACAAUAUGUAUUACUUUUUGGUAUUCUGCAAGUAAUAAGCUUUCUUCCAAACAUGUUGCUUCAAAUUAGAGCCAAGUUCAAAUACGUUGUGCUUCUUCAUACUCACAUAUAACUCUGCAGCAUUUCUUUUCAUCUGUUUUCCCAUGUGUUGGGAGCUGCCAUUACUUCACCAUGUUUUCUCUCUGACAUGCAAAGCUUUUAAAGAAGUGCCCAUUAAAAAUGGGGAAGGCCGAGUUGUUAACACCAUUUUUCGGAAUUGCAGCUCAUCUGAGCUCAGUCAUCUAAGGAAAGUUAUCUUGUGUGGCGUACCUGGCCUUUUUGUCAUUGCCUUUUUACCUGGACUCUUAUGAGGAAUUUAGAAUUUUCGUGUGCUUUAGAAAGUACGUUUCAGGCAUUUCUGUCAAUUGGACUUUUCUGCAGAAUGCACAUGUUUGCAGCUAUUUGGGCAAAAAGUGCCUAGUAUUUUACUUGAAGCUUCAUACAACUGUGGUAUUUAACCUGCCCUUAGAGUAACAAAUUUCAUCAAUGUGUCAAUGUUACAUGUUUAUUGUAAUGGUUCAUGAAUUCUGUAACUGUUCAUUUAAAAAAUAUAAUUUAUUUUAUCUUAUUUUUGUAAAAACAUUUUUGUUUAAAUCUAAAAGAUGUUUUUGAGAAUAUUUGUAUGUUAAUUGAUUAUACUUGUGUGUACAAGUGUACUUUUGAUACAAGCUUUGAGCCUGUCCUUUGUUACUUGGUAAAAAUAAGCCAAUCAAGUGUGUUUAAAAACAAAGUCACAUACAUAGAAAUAUCACUUAACAUCACCUUAGGGCUAGUCAGCUUUUUCUUUGCAAGUUAGAAACUGUACAAACAAAAAUCUGUGGGUCUUUAAUUUUACUAAGUUCUUGCAGAACUAGCAGAAUGCUUGUUUAAAUAUAUUAAUAGACACACGGUGACAUAAAGCGAAAUGAUUUCCUGGCCGACUUCUUCAUUUACUAUGUUAAAAUCUGAAAAGUGAUCAUAAAGAUAACACUGCUCCAAUGAAAGCAGAUUUUGAUUGUUUUCACUGCCCUUUGCAAACCCUUCCAAUCUCAGCUCUAUUAUCAGGAUCAUUGAUUUGUUCAUUCAUAAUGUUUCAUACACAGCUUUCAACCUAUCUUGCUGAAUCCAGUAUUCUAAGGUCAAGGACAGUGUUGGAAACAGUGUAUUUCUGUUCCUUCACUGGAAAAAUGUUAAAGCAGCCCUGUUGUUCUUGCCUUAUUGUUAAAAUAAACAGAUAGAUGUCUGUUUCUUUAGCACUCUUCUAUGCCAAAUAUUUGCCAAGUAGGCCAGAUAUUUCUAAGUAAAAAUUGUAGUUAAGGAUUUAUAAUAUGUUGGGCUUACUAAAGUUUUGUCAUUUUAAUAUUGAAGCAUGUUGCAGAGCUCUUUAAUUCUGUUACUGGAAGCUGGCUUAGGCUGUCAGUGAAGCAAGGAAUAAAGAUGUGGAGGUUAAUGAAGAAAAACAGAAAACUGUUUGAUUUCUUUUUUCCCAGAAUUAUACACGAACAUUCAUAUCUUCAGAAAGUCUAUGAAGGAUCUGUGUAUAUACUUUUAAACUUAAUCUGUCAUGAAAACAUAAAUGUAUAUGUAGAAAAACUGUUCUGUUGGUAAGACUCUGCUGUUCUUAAAUGAAAGGGAGAUGGUUAUUAAAUUUUUAGUUUACAUCCCUCUUA